UGCGGAGCCUCGGUUCGACCUGUUUCAAAGGACCUACUUUAUCUUCGGCUGCAUUUUGAAGAGAAACGGCGGAUUCAUCAACUCCGGGAAGGUUUUUGUCCGGCCGCUGAGAGGCGGAAGUUCCGGUCAAAGGUCACAGAACCGGAACAUCAACACGGCAGCAAACAAAGGCAGCUGACGGUUACCCGCCUCCGGUGUCCGGUACUCCAGCUGACGGUUACCCGCCUCCGGUGUCCGGUUCUCCAGCUGACGGUUACCCUCUUCCGGUGUCCGGUACUCCAGCUGGCGGUUACUCUCCUCCAGGUGUCCUAUACCCGCCUCCGGUAACCGGUACCCUCCUCCGCGCACCCGCUCCAGGUGUCCCGGCUCCGCUCCGACAUGCUCUCCGUGCUCCUACCGGCGGCUGUCUGCCUUCUCCUCGGCCGCCUCUCCGGCUGUUCCCCGGCAGACAUCCCGCACAUCGCGGCGUACUUCGGCACCAAGACCCGGUACGAGGACGUGAACCCGCGGCUGCUGCGGGACGUUCUGUCCGUGAACAUGUCAGUCCUGAGGCCGCCGCCCACCGAGCGCUGCUCCCCGGUCCACCUCACCGCCGUCAUCCGCCACGGCAGCCGCUACCCGACCGUCAAGAACAUCCGCAGGAUCCACAAACUGAGCGAGCUGGUCCGGACAGAAGCGGCCAGAGGCUCCGAGGGCUCCGAGGGCUCCGAGGGCUGGCUGCGGGACAUCCAGAGCCGCUGGGAGGCCUGGUACACCGAGGACAUGGACGGUCAGCUGGUGAUGAAGGGCAGGGAGGACCUCCUCCACCUGGCUGUCCGUCUGUCCAUCUUGUUUCCAUCUCUGCUGUCGGAGGAGAACGUGAGGAAGAGGAGGGUGUCCUUCGUCAGCAGCUCCAAGCACCGGUGUGUGAGCAGCGUGGAGGCGUUCCAGGACGGGCUUCGGCGCCGCGGUCGCCACGACGCUCCCCCGGAGUACGACCACGAGCUGGACGACGAGCUGAUGCGCUUCUUCGAGCGUUGCCGUGGUUACGUGGAGGGCGUGGAGAACAACCGCACGGCGCUGAUGGAGGUGGAGAAGUUCCAACAUGGAGAGGAGAUGGAGGCUGUCAGGAGGAGGAUGGCUGAGAGGCUGGGCCUUCCUCAGCACCGCCUCACACCAGAUCUGGUGGAAGCCGCCUUCUUCCUGUGUUCCUACGAGCUGUCCAUCAGGUCCGUCCACUCUCCAUGGUGCUUCCUGUUCGACGAGAACGACGCUAAGGUUCUGGAGUACCAGUCGGAUCUGAAGCAGUACUGGAAACGCUCUCAUGGUCAUGUGAUCAGCGGUCUGUCCAGCUGUCCUCUCUUCCAUCAUGUCUUCAGGACUCUCGAUAAAGCUGGACGUCCUCGCAGGUCCACGGAUGCGUCUCCAGAGCCGGCCUCCAUCUUGGUGGGUCACGCUGAGACGCUCCUCCCACUCCUCUCCCUACUGGGACUCUACAAGGACCAGACUCCGCCCACAGCCAGCAACUACCAAUCACAGCACGGUCGGACUUUCCGGACGAGUCAGAUCGUCCCGUACGCCGCCAACCUGCUGUUCGUUCUGUUCGACUGCCAGCGAGGACCGCGGUUACAGCUGCUGGUCAACGAGUCGCCGGUUCGAUUCCCGGGGCUGCAGGCGGAGGACGCGCCGCUGUACCGCGACGUCCGGGCCACCUACCGCCACCUGCUGGACGGCUGCGACUUCCACAGGGAGUGUGAGGGGAGGUCCGGGGGCCGCGGCCCCAACACCGAGCUCUGAGACCCGCAACUUCUGAGGGCCUCCGACCUCCGGACCACCACGGCCUUAACACACCUGUCGGACCAAGCCCCGCCCACUCACAGCCACCGUCUAAUCACAGUCUGAACUCCAGCAUCUCAUGUUUCAGCUAAAGUUCUGCAGGAACAGAAUGAUGGAAAAUAAUCUAUUUAUUUUACAGAAACAUAAAACCUGAACCAUAAUGUCUCCUCAGAUGUUGUUCUCUGGACUAUGGUCUCCUCAGAUGUUAAACUCUGACUAAAGUCUCCUCAGAUGUUAAACUCUGGACUAAAGUCUCCUCAGAUGUUAAACUCUGGACUAAUGUCUCCUCAGAUGUUGUUCUCUGGACUAAAGUCUCCUCAGAUGUUAAACUCUGGACUAAUGUCUCCUCAGAUGUUGUUCUCUGGACUAAAGUCUCCUCGGAUGUUAAACUCUGGACUAAAGUCUUCUCAGAUGUUAAACUCUGGACUAAAGUAUCCUCAGAUGUUGUUCUCUGGUCUAAAAUCUCCUCAGAUGUUAGACUCUUGACUAAAGUCUCCUCAGAUGUUAAACUCUGGACUAAAGUCUUCUCAGAUGUUAAACUCUGGACUAAGGUAUCCUCAGAUGUUAAACUCUGGAAUAAAGUCUCCUCAGAUGUUCUUCUCUGGACUAAAGUCUCCUCAGAUUCUAAACUCUGGACUAUGGUCUCCUCAGAUGUUAAACUCUGGACUAAAGUCUCCUCAGAUGUUCUUCUCUGGACUAAAGUCUCCUCAGAUGUUAAACUCUGGACUAAAGUCUCUUCAGAUGUUAAACUCUGGACUAAAGUCUCCUCAGAUGUUAAACUCUGGACUAAAGUCUCCUCAGAUGUUAAACUCUGGACUAAAGUCUCCUCAGAUGUUAAACUCUGGACUAAAGUCUCUUCAGAUGUUAAACUCUGGACUAAAGUCUCCUCAGAUGUUAAACUCUGGACUAAAGUGUCCUCAGAUGUUCUUCUCUGGACUGAGGUCCCCUCAUCCUGUAGAUGUUUUUCUCCAGUAGCUGUGAUGAGAAUCUUUCUUACAGAAUCAUUUUAUUUUUAGUGAAGUUGAUGAAGUGAUUUCAGGCUCAGGUUUGGUUCCUCAUGAAGGUUCAAAUCUGAAGAUUCUUCUGUCUUGUUUCUGGCUGAUCGUCAUCGUCAUGUUGAUUUAUUUUUAAAGAUGAGAUGAUGUUCUGACCUGCUGUGGGUUUUUUAGUUCAGAGGGAUUUUCUUCCUGUAAUUUAAAUCUUGGUCUUUGACAUUUUUCUCCAACUGAACUCUGCAAAUUCAGGAAUUCUUCAGUUUGAAGCAGCAGAACUGAAGGAACCUAACCAAGGAUGGGAACGUCUAGAAGCUCAGAGAAGAUCCAACCUCCAGUAGAUCAGGUGGAGCAGACCAGGAGUGUCUUAAUUAUUCCCAUGAAGCUGCUGGAGGAAGCAGCUUUAUCUUUAGUUUAUUCACCUUUUAUCAUCAUGACUCUGAUCUUCAGAUGUUCUGAGAUGUUUUCAACAUCUUUGUGCCAAAAUCGUGACUCUUGCGGGUUUCUUUAAUGAAACUGGUUUUACUGGUAAACGGCUUUAAUAAAAGGUUUUCACACUUCAGUGUCUUUAAGUUUGUUAACAUUCAUUCUGGACAGUUUUUGAGUUGUGGACUAUUUUAUUAAUAAUUUUGAACAAACUCUGAGUCAUUCCAGAGCAUUUUUGAGUCAUUUUGGUCAAAUUUCUCUCAUUUUCAGACAGUUUUUGGUCUUUUAUGUCGGUUAUCUUAGGGCCAAAAUCUUGACUUUUGCAGGUUUCUUUAAUCAAACUG